UUCCCACUGGUCUCCUGUCUUCUUUUUUGGUUUUUGAGAGAUCGCCGGUCUCCUUCACGAAAACCAAACCUCAUCAUUUUACACACCAAAAAAAAAAAAAAAAAAAAACCAAAAAAAUUAAUCAAACACAAAUUCCAUCAUAAAAUUCUAAUUAUUUAUUUUACAAUAAUAAUUAAAUUGAAUUUUUAUAAGACCACUUCUCUAAUAUUAUUUCUUUUUCUCUCUAAUAUUAUUUCUUUUUCUCUCUAAUAUUAUUAUAGAUUUUUUGUUCAAUUCUUCGAACUUUGAAAAGCUGAUAUGUUGGGAUUUGGGUUUGUUCAAUACUAUAAGUACGAAUUGAUAUUGAGAAGAAGACGGCUUCCGAGGUUAUAUGUUUUGAACGAUGAAUCAAAGUAUGUUUAGAGUGCUGCUGUUGCUUUUGUAAAUACUAUUAAUUUUCGAUUAAGAAUUGGGUUAUUGGUUGUUAUGAUUAUUGUGAUUAGAUGGGUUUUUUAGCCUGUGAAUUGUUUGUGUGAAGAGUGGUUGUUUUGUUGUAUACUGUUUAAGGUUAUCGGAAUCAAGGCCAUAGAAGGUUGGGGUUUUGAGGUUGUGUAUUAAGUCAGUUUGGGUGUAGUGUGUUUGUGUGUGUGGUUUGUUGAAGAUGACGGAUAUCCGGCCAUUGCAGCAAAAGGCUGAGAGUGCAACUGAUGCUCGGGCGAAUUUUGAGCGUGGACUAGAGGAGCUUAUGCGUGGGCAUUUGGAUGAUUGUAUGUCAUACGCCACGUGUAGCUCAGCUCGAAAUACUGAGGACGAGGAUGAGGAGAGUGAUCAGCUUGUGCGUAGAAGGCGGAGGUCUGAUCUUGAAGGGGAUGAUCUAGCAGAGUCUUCUGCUGCUAGGAGACGGCACUCAAGAAGGUGGGCUGCGAGGCAAGCGCAAGAGAUGAUUACCACUAUUGAGAGACGGAACCGGGAGUCGGAGUUGAUGGCUCUUGCAGGCUUGCAUCCUGUUUCCAUGCUUGAUUAUUCUUUUUUGAGGGAAUCUCAGUCUCCAAAUUCACGCAGGUCGGGAACAGUGGAAAGGCCAAGUACUCGGGCUUCUGCUAUCUUGCAAAUGUGGCGAGAAUUGGAGGAUGAUCAUGAGUUGAAUCGUGCUAGAGAGAGGGUUAGGGAGAGACUGAGGCAUCAAAGGAGCAUGGACAGCAAUACUGAUGUCUCAACCAUAACAAUGUCGGAAAGUAGAGCAGAUGAGAAUCAGGGUAGUGUGGAGGAUGCAAGUGAGAGUGAGCAAGAUUUUGGGGCUUGGUCUCAUGAUCAGAUGGAGAUCCGCAACGAACAGGGGAAUACUAAUCAUUCUAGCAGAGAGCAAUCUCCUGAUCUUGGUGAAGUGGAGAGGGAGAGGGUGAGACAGAUUGUUCGUGGAUGGAUGGAGAGUGGGAUAAGUGAACGCUCUUCUGAUGCCGCAGGGAGGAUUAAUAACCCUAGAGGAGAAUGGCUUGGUGAGACUGAACGUGAACGGGUGAGGCUUGUGAGAGAGUGGGUGCAUGCAUCAAGUCAGCAAAGAACACGGGGAGGACGUACGGAAGAUCAACUUGUUGGAUUAGGAGCUGAAGUGAAUCAGGUUCAUGGUGGCCUUGUUCGCCAGGAAGAAGGUCAGACAGAGCACAUUCGGAGAGAUUUGUUGAGAUUACGUGGAAGGCAAGCUUUAAUAGACCUGCUUAUGAGAAUAGAACGUGAAAGACAGAGGGAGCUUCAGGGUUUAUUAGAUCAACGAGCUGUUACAGAUUUUGCUCAUCGUAAUCGCAUUCAGUCAUUUCUCAGAGGUAGAUUUUUGAGGACUGAAAGAACUACUGAGGAUGAAAGGCCGCCUUCAGUUGCUGCAAGUGAAUUACUUCAGUUGAGACAGCGAAACACUGUUUCUGAUUUGAGAGAAGGUUUUCGCUCUAGAGAGUCCAGCCUAGAAACUAUUGUACAUGGUCAAACAAUGAGCAACUCUGGGGCCUCAUUUGGCGAUCCAGGAAGUGAUUUUCCAAUUGAUCAGGAACGACUUGACUUUCCAAUUGAGGUUCAUGGUUUGAAUUCGCACCAACUGCAAUCUAGGGUCCAUGGUGAUGGAGUUAGUGAGUUCACAAAUAAUACCAUAAUUUUGCCUGAUGAAGCUUCUGCUGAUCUCUUGGUUGGGGAAGAAAGUGCUAUUCAUAGGGGGGAUUGGCAGGAACAGGUCACAGGAGAUGAGCAGAGGAACUUGCCGCAGCCAAAUUCUGCAGUUCUUAAUCAAUGGAGAGAUAACUCGCAGUCAAAUGUGAAUGGUAAUUGGCAGGAAACUGCAGGAAAUGCUUGGCGGCCGACUGCUGAAGGGAAUGAUAGUGAAGAAGAGAAUAAUUUAACUGGUCAACAAAUUUGGCCUGACAAUGGUUCUCGAGCAACAUUAGGGACUUUGUCUCGAGAGUUUUCUAAUCCUCCACGAAUUCGACGUGGCAUUUCAACUAGACAAGUCAAUAGAUUUCACCCUCCUGAUGAUAAUGUUUACAGCAUGGAGCUUCGUGAACUGCUUAGCAGGAGGAGUGUUUCAACUCUUCUUCAUAGUGGAUUCCGUGAAAGUCUGGACCAAUUGAUACAAUCUUAUGUGCAAAGGCAAGGUCGUGCUCCUGUUGAUUUGGAUCUUCAUAGAAAUUUGCCCACUUCUGUUACAUCACGGCGUGAUCUGGAGUCUCAACCAGAGGAAUCAAAUGCCAGUGAUACAGACAAUCGAGUACCUCUUGUUCAUCCAUCUCCACCUGUACCGCCUCCACAGCCCCUCUGGCAACGGACUAUUCAUCAUGCUAACUGGUCUAGGCAUAGCAUGCAUCGUUCAGAGCUGGAGUGGGAGAUGAUGAAUGAUCUUCGAGCAGAUGUUGCUAGGCUUCAGCAAGGUAUGAACCACAUGCAGAGGAUGCUAGAAGCCUGCAUGGACAUGCAGGUUGAGUUGCAGCGUUCUGUUCGGCAAGAGGUUUCCGCAGCUUUAAAUCGAUGUACUGGUGGACAAGGUGCUGAGACCUCCGAGGACGGCUCCAGUUGGGGACAUGUGAGGAAGGGGACAUGUUGUGUUUGUUGUGACAACCAUAUUGAUUCUCUGUUGUACAGAUGUGGCCACAUGUGCACCUGUUUGAAGUGUGCGAAUGAGUUGGUUCGUGGUGGAGGCAAGUGCCCUUUGUGCAGGGCACCCAUUGUUGAGGUCAUCCGAGCUUAUUCGAUACUGUAAAUAAUGAACAUUUGUAAGGGAAUGAAAAGGAAAACAAAGCCCAAGUGAAGAGAACGAGUGAUGAAUAUUUUAUGGAUAGCCAUUCUUUUGCGUCACCUUCUGGAUAGUGCUCUCCAGGGCUUUUUCGUCUAGUUGCCAUUGUUCCCCCCUAUCAUAUGUGCAGCUUAUUAUGCGGUGUAUAAUUGAGUUAUUAUAUGGCAUAUAUCUGAUUCUGCAUUUCCUCAAUAAAAACGUGAUCAAUUCUUUCUCA